GUCACGACCAAUCAAAAAUCCGCCAUAUUUCCCGUUUAUUGCAUCGACAAAAAAAUUCUUGGGAAAAGUGGAAUAAUAGAGAAAAUGGAAUAAAGAUGAAGCUAAAUAACAACACACCAGACUGACUCCAGACAACAAUUUUGUCUGUACUGUACUUCCUCUAUAUAUAUCAUUAUUUUUUUAGUUGCUGGCUGGUAGUACCAAUAAACACAAUCAAACAUCAUGGCAGAACAAUUUGCAAGUCCUGCACCCAUAUCAGGUGUUUCUCUGGAAGCACAACAGAUGCUCACAGACUUCUGGCCUAAAGUUAUCAACAAAAUACAAAAUCCUAAAGAGAAUGAUUUGAAGAAUCAAGAGCUGCCCUUGGCUAGAAUAAAGAAGAUCAUGAAGUUGGAUGAAGAUGUCAAGAUGAUCAGCGCUGAAGCUCCUGUACUAUUUGCUAAAGCUGCAGAGAUAUUUAUUAGUGAGAUAUCAUUACGUGCAUGGAUUCAUACAGAAGAUAAUAAAAGAAGAACAUUACAGAGAAAUGAUAUCGCUAUGGCUAUCUCUAAGUUUGAUCAGUUUGAUUUCCUGAUUGAUAUUGUUCCUAGAGAUGAAAUGAAACCAGCUAAAAGACAAGAUGACACAGGCCGUGCAAAUUCACAAUCACUUCCAGACCAAAUCAACUAUUAUCUACAGUUAGCCCAACAGCAAGCACAACAACAACAACAAACACAGGUGGCAGCUCAACCAACGACACAACAGGCGACACAAGUAGUACAGCAGCCACAACAAACAGCGCAAGUUCAACAACCACAACAACAAGCUACCAUACAAUUACCAGGUGGACAAAUACUACAACAACCAUUCCAGAUAUUGGGUAAUUCAGGAGGGACAACCCAAGCUGGACAGCAGAUUAUACAAAUUCAAUCGCCUCAACAACAAUUAGGUCAAGUACAAGUUCAGCAGGUCGCAGUGCCAGCCCAACAACAAACCAUCCAAUUACAACAACAACAGCAGCAACAACAACAGCAACAGCCACAACAACAACAAACCCAAGUUUAUCAACAAGUUGUUACACCUAGCGGUGAAAUACAAAAUAUACCAAUUCAGCUGACACCCCAACAAUUACAAGCUAUACAGUUACAGAUACAGGGUAAACAACAAACAAAUCAACAACAACAAAUUAUAGUACAACAAGCACAAGAUCAAACACAACAGUCAUUUACAACACAAGCUAAUCAGCCAUUACUUCAGCUACAAGGUCUGCCAUUAGGACAAAAUGCCCAACAGAUAUUUAUACAACAACCCACAUCUGGUGAUGUACAAUCAGGGGAAAAUCAACAAGAUGUAUCUUAGAUUUCAUCUAGUACAACUUUUUUCCAUUGAUCACUGUUUUAGACGAGCUAUAUGAGGAAAAAUUUUUUUAUCAAAGUCAAAUAGCUAAUAAACACUGGAAGGUGACAUUAUUUUGCACGAAAAUCAUGUUUUUUAAUCUCCUCUUUUGCUGCUCUAAAAAGUUUGUCAAUGGAAAAGUAGGUGUGCUAUUUAGUUGUUUCUAAAGAAAUGUUUUUCUAGUCUUCAUUGCAUAAAAUCUAACCAGAUCAUUAUUACAUUUCAAAAGGUAGAAGAACAUGGAUUAUUAUGUUUUCAUAGUUGAACACAUGUAAUUGUUUUCUACCUACUCCAGAUGUUUCUAUAGGCGUUUUUAUUGACUUGCUAAAUCGAUUUGAAUUUAGUGGAGAUCUCAUGUGACAGUAUAGUCGAUUUCAAAUGAACUUGGCGAAUUCAUUAAAUGUGCUGAUUAGCUGUAAACAGUUCUUGUGGCUGGACAUUGGUGAAAAAAAACAUGUGAUCACCCGAUCAAAUCGUCAAAUUGCACUUAGAGGUGAUUUAGUGAUUUGUGGUAAUCUUUUCGGAAUCAGUGUGGUAAAUUCGUUGAUUUGUAUUAGAUGUAUGUUAAAGAUGAAAAUUAGAUUGAAUGCAAAUCAUUUUGGGGUAAUCAUUGGUCAGUAAAAAUGCCUUAUAUAGUGUCACAGAAAUUAUUCAGUUGUGGUUUUCAGAAAAGAUGGUGUGACAUCUGGGUAUUUCAAAGGAACAAUUGAUAAAAGAUAUUGGCAACUUGAAGCAUUCGAGAAUUGUUGUGUAACUUUUGAAAUCUCCAAAUGUAAUUGCAUCAUGGCCAUAUUUUCUGAAAUUCCCUGUAUCUUUAGGCGUCAACAUAAAAGAUUUCUAAGGUUAUUGGACACAAACCAGGGUUGAUAUUGUACUAACAUAUUAAUGCCAUCCAAACAUUUUACACAUAUUCCAUAAAGAAUAGCUUUAAGAUGAAAAUUGAGUUUUAAUUCUAUCUAAUUUUUUUAAAUAAAAUAUAUUAGUUUGUUUUGAAAUGCAUUUUCAGUGUUAUUAAUACACCAUUUAUGUUUUAUAAAUUCAAUUUACCAUUUUUUUUCCAUUGUUUGUUAUUAAUACUUGUUUGUUUUGCUUUUUUUGGGUAACGUUUGAAAUGUAAAUGUGUUUAGAUAAGGUCUGAUUUAUAUAAAUAAUAGUAGCUAGCUAAUAAAAUUAAGAUAUAUUUACACAUGAUAAGAUAUAAAGAUCUGUUUGGAUAUUUGCUUUCUUAGUCAAAAUUGAUAAAUGAUGUCUAUGGUUUUUGAAAAUAUAAUUCAAUUGUAAUUGAUAAAAUCGAUGAGAGCCUCUAUAGGCAAUAACUUUGACAAGUUUUGUUUAUGCUAGAAUAAAAGUGAUAGGGGUUGUCGUCACAAAAAAGAUGAUAAUUCCCUGCACACUUUAUAUCAUCCUCUUUUGAUAUGCAUGUACCACAAUAAGUAUUUAAUACAAGACAGUUAUUCCUUAAUGAAGAAAGCUAUAUCUUACCAAGGCCAGUUGUAUAAAAUGAAUUGUAUAUAAUGUAUAUAGGGUAUAGUCAAUUUUUAUAAAGUGCUGUAAAGAAGAUAUUUUAAAUUAAAGACUGAGGUAUUAAAAUAUCAUGUAAAUGCUUGUUAGAUAUUCACAUGUCUUAUUGUAUAAAUAUAUUAUUGUUAUAGUGGCUAUAAAAUAAACUCAUUGUUUCUGUAAA